AUGCACGCAGGACCAGUGUUAAGAGUGCCGGAUGCACCGCUGGCACCGUACUCAGGUGUGGAUGCACUAGGUCCGAUGUUUUUCCAUCCAGUUCAGGUACCCAUGAGUUUACCUGACGGCCGUCAGCGCAAAUUGGCGCUGCAGCCAUUCGAUGGAAAGGAACUCUACCAUGGCAUUGGUAGUGGUUUUAUAGAAUGGGGCAAGGAGUUCGUGCGUCAAGUUGGCUUCUCCGAGCGCGCGUGCGGUUUUGUUUGGCCUGAAGACAUCAAGGUUGAUGUACUUAGUCAACACCUUGCUGGAGCGUCGCAGAAGUAUUGCCGCCUGCAGGUGGAAACUUGGUGGUCUUAG